CCUCUGUUUUUGCUCUGUUUAGAUUUUUGUGCUAUCUAAUUUUCUCCAUAUUUUAAUUGCAAUUUGUACAUUUAAUUUUUUAAAAUUUUUAUUUUUCCGAAGGAAACAAACAAACUGGGUUAGUUGGUUCUUAAACUUGUUUAUAAUAAAUGUUCAUAUAUGUACAUCUUCUUUAGUUAGUUGGCUCAUUUACUUCUUAGCUAUCACAUUUUGUGCCAAAAUUUUGAUCAAAAAAUCUUAGGUGGGAAUUUUUGAGGCAAUACCCAGAUAAACAAAUUUUCAAGAUUUUUCAUUUCUUUUGAAGGUGACAUUUUUACUUCUUUUUUCAACAAUUUCCUCUGUUUUCCUCUGGUUUUAGGCCAAUUUAUAUGGCCAGUUUUUGAGUUGCUUUCAGUUGUAACUCACAAAUUUGUAAAAAAUACGACUACCCAGAAAUUGGAAAUGAUGGAAAAGAAUUUCAAUUUCUGGGUUUGUCUUAGAUUAUGCUUUCUCGGUUCGGUUCUUGUUGGAUUCAUCUCGAUAUCAGAAGCACAGGUUAAUCCUGCAGAAGCAAGAAUCCUGCUACAACUUCAGAAGUAUCUAGAAUACCCAGAUUCUCUAAAAUCAUGGCAACAAUGGACUGAUUUCUGCUUCUUACAACCAUCACCUUCAGUUACUGUUGUAUGUUCAAAUGGGCUUAUAACAGAAUUAACUGUCAUUGGAAACAGAACAUCUCCAUCUCACUCUUCAAUCCCACUAAAAUCAGGCAAAUUUGCUGUUUCUGAUCAAACUUUGUCACAAAAAUUUUCCCUUGAUUCAUUAUUCACUAUUGUCACAAAACUCAGAAGCUUAAGAAAACUUUGCUUAGUUUCAUUAGGAAUUUGGGGAAGUUUACCUUCAAAGAUCAGCAGAUUUCAUACCCUUGAAGUCCUUAACAUGAGCUCGAAUUUCGUCUACGGCGAAAUCCCACCACAAAUUUCCUUAAUGGAAAGCAUACAAAGUAUUGUAUUGGCUGAUAAUUUGUUAGAUGGAAAUAUUCCAGAUUUAAGUACCUUACAAUCUCUUCAAGAGCUCGACUUGAGCAACAACCAAUUAGGACCAGAUUUCCCUUCAUUAGGAAGCAAUGUAGUAAGCAUCAUAUUAAGAAAUAACACAUUGCGAUCACAAAUUCCAUCCCGAAUUAAGAGCUUUAAUCAGCUUCAAAGAUUUGAUGCAUCCUCAAACAACCUCAUUGGCCCGAUACCGCCUUCUGUUCUAUCUCUUCCUGCAUUAUGGUACCUUAAUCUGGCAGAAAAUCAGCUCACUGGUGAGCUCCCUAAGAGUACUACCUGUGGUAAACGACUAUGGUUCGUCGAUAUUUCACGUAAUUUGUUAGUCGGACAGCUUCCGAGCUGCGUUAGCUCGGAAGCUGGCAAGUAUAGGAAAGUUUUGAGUGUGUGGAACUGUCUUUCGGGUUCGAAGUUUCAGCACCCUGCUAAAUUUUGCCAGAGACAAGCUCUAGCUGUGAUCCCACCUCCUAAGAAAAGUAGUAGCGGUAGGUUACAUGAUGAUCAGAAGAAUUCAGGGAUUAAAUUUGGGCUGAUAUUUGGUAUAAUUGGUGGGACUAUUUUGUUUGCUGGUACUGUUGUUUCUUUAAUGUGGUUGAUUUGUAAGAGGAAAUCAAAAGAUGUUGAAUAUCAGCACAAAUAUGAUAAAUCUGUUGGUGGGAAGUUGGCGAAUCGCCCUUCGCCUAUUGUUGAUGCAAAGUAUGGGCCAAAAUCGAUGAGAAUGCCAGCCCUUGGUCUUCCAUCUUAUCAGUCAUUUACCUUACAAGAACUAGAAGAAGCAACAAACAACUUCGACCGAGUAAACUUGGUUGCAGAAGGAUCUCAGGGACAGCUUUACAGAGGUUUGCUUCAAAGUGGUACCGCGAUUUUGGUCAGAUGUAUAAAAGUGAAAGAGAAGCUUUCAUCCAAGACAUUGAACCAGCAGUUAGAAGUAAUAGCACAGUUAAGACAUCAGAAUCUGGUUUGUGUUCUUGGACACUGUGUUGUUGCAUACAAGGAUCGCCAUCAGGGUAGCACGAUCUUUGUUGUUUUCGAGCAUGUAACAAAUGGUUCAUUGAGGGAACAUUUGACAGAUUGGAGAAGAAAAGAUCGUCUAAAGUGGCCGCAGAGAAUGACAAUCUCAGUGGGAAUUGCAAAAGGAGUUCACUUCCUUCACACAGGAAUGGUACCUGGAGUUUUUGGAAAUGAAUUGAGUAUUAAGAAUAUCUUGUUGGAUGAAAGCCUUACCCCAAAAGUCAGCAACUACAGGAUUCCCUUACCUUUCAAGGUAGAGACACCAAAUGGCCAAAAUGCAGCUAUUUCGAUACACCCGGAUAAGGAUGACAUAUACAAAGUUGGUGUGAUCUUGCUUGAGUUACUAACUGGUAGACAGAUCACAUCAGAAAGCCAAGUAGAUGAACUAAAGCAAGAGCUGGAAAGGAGCUUAGCAGAAUCUGCAUCAGCACUUCAGCGCGCUGUUGACCUGUCAAUGAAGGGUACUUAUGCUUAUCAGUCCAUCAAAACUGCUGUUGAACUCGCUGCCAACUGCCUAUGCAGUGAUCCCAGUAGACGGCCUCCCAUGGAGGAUGUUGUAUGGCAUUUGCAGUACUCGAUUCAGGCACAACAAACAUGGACUAGCAGUGGGAAUCUUGCUCUCAACAGCGGAAAUCUUGGGUUGCAAAAGUGAUACUUUAAAACCAAGGAUAGGAUGAAGGGGUGGCAAUCUAAGCUCUUAAAUAUGGUCGGAAGAUGCAUCAGCUAUUGGCGCCCAAUUCAAGAAAAUAGUGGUUGAAACGGAUGCUAUUGCACUACAAGACACGAUUGAGGAAGUGGAGAAUUAUGGAACAAAUGAGAUGGCUGUAAUCUUGAAAGACUUAGAGGAGACGAUGAAAAUGGAUUGUGAGAUAGAAUUCAGCUACAUCCCAAGAGAAGCAAAUUUCGUGGCUCAUUUCUUAGCUAAGCUGGGCAUGGAAAUGGAGGACCCGGAAGCAAUUCACAACAGCGUUCCAACCUGUGCAAGAAUUGCGUAUGAGGAGGAUUUAUUUGUUAGUAACUACUAAGAUGAUGUCCUUCCUUUUGGCUGCUGUUAGGUUCACUACGAAGGAGAAAUUUUUCACUAGUCUGUUGCCUUUAUUUAUUUAGUACUAUGCCUGGUUGUACUUCUAAUUUAGCUGCUUUAGCUAUUUUGAUUUGGGCUGGUUUAGCCAUGUACUAGGAUAUUUUAGUUUAAUUAAUAUAUCUCCCCUUCUAUUCUAAAAAAAAUAAAAAAGAAUACAUACUACCUACCAGGCUACCAUAGUA